AUGGACCAGAAAUUUGCGAAAUUCGAUGCCCUCAACCAGAAGGACAAAGGCGCUGCCUAUCUUUCGCUCCUGUCCGAUGUAUUUACCACGUCAAAUGGCCCUCAACUCAUUCAGGAUAUACAUAUACUCGUCGACCAUGUCGUGAAUCAGGACAAUGCCGGUUUCAUUGUCGGGAGACAAGUCCUGUCCGAGCUUGUGAAGAUUCUGAAUGAGGGCGGCGUCUCUACUUUAAAUCUAGAUCUGCGAAAGCAGAUCGUAGAGGAUAUCCUGGCCACGGUCCAACCGCGCUUGACGAGCUACGAGGAACAAGUUAAUCUCCUCAGAUUCCACCUCGCCGACAUUCUUGAGCAUGAGGAAGAUUGGUCUGAAGCCGCGCGUGUUCUGAUGGGAAUCACCCUCGAGGCGAGUCAGCGUACGACAGAUGAAGAUAAGCUGCGCGUCUACAUACGUAUCGUUCGGCUUCUGCUCGAGGAAGAAGACUCCGUUCAGGCCGACAGUUACUACAAUCGUGCCGCUUCUCUCAUUCAUUCUACAAGCGACAAGGUCACCUUGCUUGCUUUCAAACUCUGUCAAGCGAGGAUCAGCGACUAUGGCAGAAAGUUUCUUGAAGCCGCCGGACGUUAUCACGAACUCAGCUUUGUAGGUGAGAUCGAUGAGGACGAACGGAGCCAUAUGUUAUCUGCAGCUGUCACAUGCGCCGUCCUCGCACCAGCAGGACCAAAUCGCUCCCGCAUACUUGCAUCCCUAUAUCGCGAUGAGAGAACGGCCGAACUUCCCACCUUCAACAUCCUCUCCAAAAUGUUCCUCGACCAUAUCCUCCGCCCAGCAGAGGUAAAGGAGUUCGAGAAGAUCCUCAAACCCCAUCAACUCGCCAAAAUUGCCCUUUCCACCAAUGAUCGGCUUGCUUCAGCUAUCCAGGGAGAUGAUGAGCUUUCUGGUGAUAACGUCAGCGCCCGCACUGGUCCAGCUACAGUCCUUGAUCGCGCUGUCAUGGAGCAUAACGUGCUCGCCAGCUCCAAAAUUUAUAAUAACAUAACUUUCCGGGGGUUGGGUGCGCUAUUAGACUUGACUCCUGGUGCAGCUGAGACGAUGGCGCGGAAGAUGAUCGAGCAGGGUCGGCUGAAAGGACAUAUCGACCAAGUGGAGAAGCUGAUCUGGUUUGAAGCGGCCAAGGAGGAAGAUGAUGCGCAAGGUAAGGCUGGCGGGUUAGGAGACGUGAAUCAGGACACGGAGGACACGGGCGCACUCUUCACGAAGCGAUGGGACCUGCAGAUCCGUCUGACAGCAGCCAGUGUCGAGACUAUGGUACAACACUUAUCAGAGAAGGGCUUAGUAGGACUAGCGCUCACGACGAACGCGUGAUCGUAUAAUUGUCAACAGUAGGUCUACCUCCCAUUGUAUUCCACUAUUGUAAUCCGUAGUCAACUGGACCAGUGAAUGAGAAGUGAUAGAGGCUACUCGCAUCAAUUU